GAGAGGGAGCGAGGCAGAUUAACACAGGGUGAGGAUUGGAAGAGAGAGAGUGACAGACAGCAAACCGAGCUUUGACCGAGCAGGAUAAUCAAAGAAAUCCUCCCGCAAACUUCCGACUCCUCUCCGUGUUUUCCGCCAGACCGCCAGACAGUCCCGAAGCGACUCAACUCUACACGCGGGGAUGCGGUGACUCUGAAGCGGGCAGAGUUCGGCGAGCGUCCGAUGAUUUACAGGCUGAGCUCGAGAAUCACCGCAGGACAUGGAUUUUGGACGGAUGUGUUUACAGUAUAAAAGAGCAGUUCUGCUGUCAUUGAUGUUCAAGCUGGGUCUGUUCUGCACAGUCUCAUCAGAAGUGUGCCUGUCGUCCCCGUGCCAAAACAACAGCACCUGUGUGCCCACAUUGGACGGUUACCUGUGCACCUGUUCCUCCAGCCCACCAAUAUACACCGGCCCAAAUUGUGAGCGUUUACUGGACCCGUGUGACUCUGCAGGCUGUCCAUCCACAUGCAUCGCCACUCCAGGAAGCCAAAACUACACCUGUCUGUGUCCUGAUGGCUUCAGCGGCCCAAACUGCACCCAAAACAUCAAUGAAUGUCACAGCAACCCCUGUUCGGGAGUCCGGAGCUUCUGUGUGGAUGGAGUGAACGGGUAUUCGUGUCACUGUCCCAGCGGGUACAGCGGGGCAGACUGCGGGACCAGGGUGCGGGACUGCUCAGAUGACCCGUGCUUUAAUAAUGCCACCUGUGUCUGGGCUCCGGACGGGUACGAGUGCCACUGUGCUGCAGGUUUUCGAGGUCGUAACUGUGAGGAGGACAUCGAUGAGUGUCUGUCGCAGCCCUGCAGGAAUGGGGCGAUCUGUCAGGACGCUGUGGGGGUCUACCAGUGCUACUGCGUGCCUGGAUUUCAGGGUUUUCACUGCGAGAUUGAUAUUAAUGAGUGUGCAUCGCAGCCCUGCGAGAACAACGGGACGUGUGUCAAUGGCAGAGACAGAUACAUCUGCGAAUGUCUCUUUGGGUUCACAGGUCUCAACUGUGAAGUGGACGUGGAUGAAUGUGAAGCGUCUCCCUGCCAGAACGGCGCCGUCUGCCAUGAUCACGUGGGUCUGUACACCUGUGAGUGUGUGCCGGGGUACGAGGGCAUCAACUGUGAGCUGGACAUCGAUGAGUGUGAGAGCUCACCCUGCCGCCAUGGAGGAGUCUGUCUGGAUAUGGUCAACGGGUAUGAGUGUGACUGCAGUGGCACUGGAUUCAUGGGCUUUUUCUGUGAUAUUGACAUCCCCGAGUGUUCUUCUGACCCCUGUCAACAUGGCGCCACCUGCCUGGAGGGUGUAAACCACUACACCUGCAUCUGCUGGACAGGUUAUGAAGGAGUGAACUGUGAGCUGGAUGUGGACGAGUGUGUUUCUCAGCCAUGUGAGAAUGAAGGCCAGUGUUUCCAGCGCUCAGACUCCAGCCUCUACAGAGUUCUGCCUGAACUGGACACUGACUUCAGCUUCCAGAGCGCAGCCGGUUACCUGUGCCAGUGCGUAUCUGGCUUCACAGGUGAAAACUGCUCAGUGAAUGUGAAUGAAUGCGAAUCUGCGCCAUGUGAGAACGGAGGAUCUUGUGAAGAUCUCGUCAAUGCUUUUCAAUGCUCAUGUCCCCCAGGGUUCGCAGGUGCAGUGUGUGAGACUGAGCUGGACGAGUGUGAGAGUGAUCCGUGUCAGAACGGCGGCCGCUGUGAGGACUCCAUUAAUGCCUACACAUGCCACUGUCCUCCUGCUGAGCCGGGACACCUGCCAUGGGGCGGUCCUGACUGCAGCGUCCAGCUGACCGGCUGUGUGGACCAACCCUGCCAAAACAACGCCACCUGCAUCCCUUCAAUACAGCAUCAGCAGCACCAGCACACCUGCAGAUGCCCAUCCGGCUUCCACGGCACCCACUGCCAGACCUCCACCACCUUCUCCAUCACCCGCGGAGGAUAUUUACUUAUAGAUCUUCAUCACAAAAACAACAGGAGUCGCAGAUAUUUGGAUUCACAUGUGCCGAGCGUCCAGCUACGCUUCCGGACGACGCUACAGGAUGGAGUCAUCUUCUUCCGGGGAGGUCAAAAUCACUUUUUUGUGCUUGAGUUAAUUGCUGGAGAGCUGUGCUGCAGAGCUCAGUCUGGAGAUUUGAAGCUCUUCGUGAAGCUGAGCGGUGAUUUCGGGGAUGGCUUCUGGCGAGGGGUUUCUGUGAGUGUGGAUGAGGGGCUGACGGUGCUUUCAGAGGGUGAGAUGGGUGAGGAUGGAGGUCACAAUCAGCUUCUGUCCUUCCAGCCGCAGGGUUUGGAGACACUGUAUGUGGGAGGAGUUCCUCAGGAGUGGAUGAACCUCACACUGAGCCGGACGGGGUUUGUGGGCUGUUUGGAGGAUCUGGUUGUUGAUUCUGAGCCGGUUCUUCCUCAGAGUUUGGUCCCGCUGCAGGAGGUUCAGAUGGGCUGUGAGAGAACUGAGUGGUGUCGUGUGAACCCCUGCUCUGAUCAUGGACGCUGUGUGGAUCUGUGGUCAAACUACACGUGUGUCUGCCACAGGCCGUAUUAUGGAGAGCACUGUUCUGAAGAGCACACUUCAUGGACGUUCAGUCACGAGCGCAACAGAAGCUUCGCUGCGUUUCCCAUCAUGCAGAAUCACAGCCGUGACGUUACGGUGUCUUUAUGGCUCAGAUCACGCCACUUAAACGGCCUGGUCCUCCAGCUCCAGCACGACAAUCAACCCUACCUCACUUUAUUUCUGAAAAACGGCUCACUGUAUAUAUCAAUAUACAGCUCCAUCAGAAGAGCCUCUGACUUCCUGACCAAUGGGGAGAAGCUCUUCAUGUCCAUUAAAACAGAGCCGGGAGUUAUAUUAUUUAACCAAACGCAGCGGAUUCCUAUGAUCUACAGUGGCUUCGAGGUGCAAGUGGGAGAUGUUGUGUAUCUCGGUGGUCUUCCUGAAGGAGAGAACUCUGCGCUGUGGGGAGGAUAUUUCAAAGGCUGUUUGCAGGACGUCCGAAUCGACGACACACAACUGUUCAUGUACUCCGGCAGCAUCAGCCAGAAGCCACAACACGCUAAUUACUUACCCAGAAACUCAUCCAAUGUGCUGGAGGGCUGCGUGGGGGACCAGACGUGCAAGAUGAAGCCGUGUCUGAACGGAGGGAAGUGUCAGGUCAUCUGGAAUGACUUUAUGUGCCUCUGUCCGCUUAACUUCUCUGGAAAGACGUGUGAAACUCGUGUCUGGUGUGUUAGCGACCCCUGUGACCCCAGGACUCGGUGUGUGGAUUUACCUGACGGUUAUGAGUGUUUAGCCAACGCCACAUUUGAAAACAACGCCCUGAAGUUCAGCGCAAACGGCUCAUUUUUUGAGCCUGUGAUGAGAAUUUCAAUGGAUCUGCGGACGCGAGAAGAAAACGGGACCAUUUUACGCUCCUCCAAUGGAAUCGAGUUCUUCUGCAUGGGGCUACUAAACUCCUCCAUCAUCGUGAAGUUUCGUGAUAGUAAUAGUCUUGAAGUUCACGCUUUCAUCAGCGACGUCACCGUUUCUGAUGGAGAAUGGCAUAAAGUGGAGCUCUAUGCAUCCAGCUCGAGAAUAUCAGCGUUUCGUUGGCACAUGUCAAUUGAUGGAAAUCCUGCAGGAUUCAGUCUCUCUCCUGCUGGAAAUGUAGACUUUUUUAACUCCUCCACUGUGAUGCUGGCAGAAAACUACACUGGGUGUUUGGGCGAAGUGCGCAUCGGUGGAGUUCACCUAUCAUUUUUCGGACCUCUAAAUGAAGAGGCGCCACAAAAAACUCAAUUCAUCCGAAUCGGUGGGAUGCUGGAGCCUCAUUUAGGAUGCAUUGGAUCUCCUUUAUGUCUUUCCGAGCCCUGCCUGAAUAAUGGCACGUGCACGGAUCUCUUUAAUCUUGCCGUGUGUAAAUGUGCUCCAGGAUGGACCGGCGAGCGCUGCCAGGAGAAUAUUGACGAAUGUGGAGAGCAGCCCUGUGUUCAGGGGUCCUGUCAGGAUCUGCUGGGGGAUUAUGAGUGCCGGUGUCCGGUUGGAUUUGGUGGGAAGAACUGUGAUGUGGAGGUGGACCAGUGCAAGGAUCAUCAAUGCGAGAAUGGAGGGUCAUGUGUGGCUACUGUCAGCGGAUACACGUGUGUUUGUUUGCCUGGACACACAGGGCCAUACUGCCGAUGGCGGUUUCCUCCUCGUGAGUGUGAUGUGGAUCUGCAGUGUGAGAAUGGAGGCGUUUGCAGUGAAGGAUCAUGGGGAGCCAACUGUACCUGCAGACCAGGAUUCACUGGAGUCAGGUGUGAGCUGGAUAUAGACGAGUGUGUGUCCGAGCCGUGUCUGAACGGAGGCUCAUGUGUGAACAGACACAAUCUCUACUUCUGUGAGUGUUUGCCGGACUUCAGUGGAGAAAACUGUCAGAUUACUAAGCAGCUUCAGCAGGAGCUAUGGCCGUGGCUGCUGCUCCUGGUCCCGCUGGCGGGUCUCUCCGUACUGCUGGCGGCUCUGGCUCUGCUCUGCCUGAUCUUCAGCGCCCGGAAGAAGCGCCGCUCGGAGGGAACAUACAGCCCCAGCCGGCAGGAGGCAGCAGGAGCACGAAUGGAGAUGGGCAGCGUGCUGAAGGUGCCUCCGGAAGAGAGACUCAUCUAACACACACACACACACAACAUCAAAUUAGACCAUUUCAGAAGGACAUCAGCAAGCAGAACAUGCCUUCUAUGUAAAAACUGAUGGAGAAAACACUGAAAGCAUGACUGCUGGAGAAAUAUAGAAGAAAAAAACAUGCAAAAUAUGAUUCUCGUAUUCAGUGAACUUGUCUUGUUUGAUACUGGAAAUGUAAAUACUUUUACACCAAGAUACAUUUAUUUGAGAGGAAAAAUUAUUUACAGUAUGAAGUUUAAUUUACUGAAAACGUAUCAAGUAUUAAUUAAAAAUAUACAUGUUUUCUUAUUUAAAUAAUUAAAUCAAGCUUCUUAUUUUUUUUUUAAGUUGCACAAGAUUCAGCCUGAUGGUUUAUUAUUAUCAUUUUUUUUAUGGGUUUUCACCUUUAUUAUGAUGUAGGACAGAGGAGAUUUUAGACAGGAGCACAUUGGGAGCAGAGAGAGGGGGAGGAUCGGCAAAAGACCUCAAGCGGGGAAUCGGACUCGGGUCGCCGUGAGCACUUCUGUGCUAUACAUGUCGGCGCACAGUACCACUAGGCUAUAGUUGCCGACUGGCCUGAUGGUUUGAAGUCAGUUUAAUGUGUUCAACCUAAAAACUAUUUGAAAAGCAGCAACUUGUUUCUUGAGUUCAUAAAAUUUCACACAUUUCUAAUAGAAAACAAGACAAAAACACUAAGCUAGAAAAUCAUUUUCUUUGCAGUGUUUGAAAACUGUGACCACUGUCUGAAUUAAUGAAUUAUGAUUUAUUCAUAAUUUUCAGACUGGAAUCAACAUGAAAAGCACAAGCUUGUUUCAAGCCACAGAUAUUUACAUGUAGAAAUUCCAAGAAGACAGACCGCAAGUUAAUGAUUUAUAUUCAGCAAUCUCGAAAACAAAGAAGGACUUAAAUGUAAAAAACCCUUAAUGUGUCCUCAAAUACUAAAACCCUGAUAUUAAAUGAUCAACAUAUGCCAUAUUGCCAUAUGCAACAAAUGCUAUAUUCAACAUAUGCCAUAUUGAUGAUGCAGAAUUUUAUACAGGCAAGCAGAUGAGCUCAGAAUAUGAUCACAUAUUAGACUUAAAAAAAAAAAAGCUCAAAUAAACUGAAAAGAAAAAAAAGAAUACACCUCAAAAUUGAGAAUUGGUUUUUAAAUUAAACGCCGAGAAUUAACUUGUUUUGAGAAAAAAAUAAAAGAUUUUGAGAGUAAAGUUGGAUCUUGAGAAUAAAAUGUUAAGAAUAAACUUAAAUUAUGUAAAAGUUUAAAUAAAGUGUUGAGAAUAAAUUUAUUACAUUUUAAGAAUGAACUUAUUUUUAGAAAAAAAGUUUCAAUUAAAUGUUGAGAAUACACUUGUUUUAAUUUAAGAAAAAAGUUGGAUUUUUUGAGAAAUCUUUGAGAAAACGUUAAUAAAAGUCAUUGCAUUUUAAGAACAAACUUUUAUUUUGAGAAGAAAUUAUAAAAUUUUUAAGAGUAAAGUUGCAUUUUGAGAAAAAAGUUUAAAAUGUUAAGAAUAAUUUUUGAGAAUACAUUUAUUUUGUGAAAUACAUACCCUUUUUUAAAAUAAAGUUGGAUUUUGAAAAAAAAUUUUUUUUAUGAGAAUACUCAAUAAAUUUCAAGAAAAAAAUGAAGUUGAUUUUGAGAAAGAAAAAAAACCCUCAAAUUUGAGAAAAAGGGUAAUAAAAAGUGAAUAAUGUCAUCACAUGUCAAGAAUAAAUUUAUUCUGAGAAGAAAAUAUUACAUGCUUGAGAAAGUUGAAUUUUGAGGAAAAAAAAUCAAAAAUUGAGAGAAAAAGUUCAAUUUAAUUAAACGUUGAGACAAGCUUUGAAAAUAACCUUGUUUUAAGAAAACAAUAGCAAAUUUUUGAGGAUGAAGUUGAAUUUUGUGAAAGAAAAAGUUAAUAAAAUGUUAUGAAUAAAGUCAUUAAAUGUCAACAAUAAACCUGUGUUUUGAGAAGAAAAUAUAAAUUGGAUUAAAAAAAAAACAUUUGAGAAAAAGUUUAAAUGUUGAGACAAACUUUGGGAAUAUUAAAUAAUAUUAAAUAUAAUGUUUAAAAAUAUACCCGUGUUUUGAGGAAAAACAUGUAAAAUCUUGAGAAAAGUUUCAAUAAAUUGUCGUAUUUCCAGAAUAUAAUUUUAUUGUGCGUAAACUGUAAUUUCGAAGUAUUUCACAUUACUUUUCAUUUGUAAUCAAAAAAUCCAUCUCAAAAGGGAAUGACAUUCAGGGAAAAGGCUGAAUACAUUAUAUUUUUGGCAAAAUACAUCUUGAUCAUUUUACAAAAAAGUAUUUUUGACACCUUACAAAUGCGGGUCAAAAAUGUCCCAAACAUGAAAUAGUUGAUUUUUUUAAUGAUCGUAUUGCAUAUUUGAGUUUGUUUAACGUGUUGUAUGAAUGUAAGCAAAUACAAUUUGUAUGCUGAAAUGAAAGUAAACCUAACCAAUCAAGAUUUAUUGUAAAUGUUUUACCAAAAGUUCUAAACUAAAUUUUGUCCUACCAAAUAUCACUGAUCUUACCGUAUUAAGCCAAAUUAUCUAACAUAUUUUGACGUACUGUGCUCUUAUUUUGCAUAGUUAAUAAGGUGUAAUUGAAUUAGGUCUUUUAAUAUCAGGUCUACAUGAGUAUUUAUUACACACCUGAUAAAAUAUAAUGAUUGCAAGGAUUUCAGUGAUAGGAAGGUGUUGUUUUAUACAAUAAUGAAAGCUCUGGACACCAGAAAUAUUUUGUUUUCUGUGAUAUGCUUACACUUUUUGUGAAAUACCUUUUUUUUUUUUUGCUUAAUUCCAAUGAGAACAAUGAUGGUUUGAUCCCUAAAUGCCACAAUGCCAUUAAUCAGAGCCAUCAGGGUUUCAUUGAAAAGAUUAAUUACAUGUGGUGAAAAAGAAAGAUGUUACUGUAUGUAAAUGAGCAUAUUAUUUCAUAUUUUCCUCAUGUAUGAUUUAUAUCCCUGAGACAAACGCUGAAGCUAAAAUUGUCAUAUUUAAUUAAUGAUUGUAUAGAAGAGAGAUUUAUAUUAAACAUGGCCAUAUUAUUGUCCAUGGUGUUUUAUAUGUUAAAAGACUUUUUAGGCAGAUUUUGAAAUAUAUUUUAUAUAAAAUUUGGUUGAAGCAUACACUGUGUGCCUUGCUUAUAUACCCAAAAAAGUUAUGAAAUUUAUAUUUUCAGAAUCUACAUUUUAUUUCCUUUAUUUCGUUGAAAUUGUCAAUGUUUUGAGACAUUUUAAGUUGAUCAAAUGAUUUAACAGAUACAUCACAACCAUGAAUAAAUUAAAAAUCCAAAUGUUUCUUUUCCAGUAUAAAUACUGUCUGUUUUUAUUUUAUUUUAUUUUAUUCUGAAUGUUUUUCUGUAUACACAAUGUCAGUAUUUAAGUUUUUUUAAAGUCUGUAUUUUAGAUUUUUAAAAAUACAAAAAAAGUCAGUAUGAAUACUGUCAGUAUUAGAUUAAAAAACACCAUUUCCCCCCUGUAUAUUAGAUUUUUUUCUGUCCAAACACUGUCAGUAUUGUUUUUCUAAACACAAAUAUUUUCUCAGUAUAAUGUUAGUAAUUUUUUAUAUAUUUUUUUAGCUGUAUAAACACUGCAAAUAUUUGAUUUGUUUAAAAUCUCAAUGUUUUUUUUCUGCAUAAACACUCAGUAUUUUAUUUUUUAAAACACAAAUGUUUUUUUUUCAGUAUAAUGUCAGUAUUUGAUAAAAACCCCAAUUAUUUUUUCCACUGUCAGUAUUAGAUAAAAAAAAAUAACUUUUUCUGUCCAAACACUCAGUAUUGUUUGAAACAUAAAUGUUUUCUCCGUAUAAUCAAAGAGCAUAGAAUCACAAAGAGGCGAACAUCUAUUGCAAUUUGUGAAACAGGCACUAGAGGGCGUGGCGGCCAUUUUGGAAUGAAAACUCGAAUAGAACCACAGCAUAUUAUAAGACUGUAAAAAAACUAUUAAAAGUGCUGAUGAUUGUGUGUAUCUCAGCUUUAAUGCACUUUUUAAAUGAAAAAAUAAAAGGCAAAGCAGCUGCUUGCCAUAGCGACGGCAAUAAGAUCCAAAUUCAAUCGCUUUUACUUCAAAAUGACGUAAUCCGGGGCUGUUGCUGGGCGCUGCUGUUGCAAUGGAACAUUCUAUUGAGUGUCACAUCUUGGUCAUUCUAAGCUCUUUGGUAUUAUGUCAGUUUUUGAUGAAAAAA